AUGGCCUCCCGACUUAUUGCCUUCUUGCCCCUUGUCGCUCAGCUUGCAGCAGCGCAGUCCUCUGGUACAUUUGACUUCUUGACAUACAACGUCGCCGGUCUGCCGGCUUUUCUUUCCGACAAUGGGGUUCCCGGCGACAAGGGAACCAAUGCUAACACCAUCGGCUCCAAGCUCGCCGAGCGUGCUUACGACGUUGUCCAUCUGCAAGAGGACUUCAACUACCAUGCGUACAUCUACGCAACCGAUAACCAUCCUCACCGUACGCCAACUACGGGCGGCGUGCCUUUCGGCAGUGGUCUCAACACAGUGGCCAACUACCCAUGGAGCACCUUCAGCCAAGUAAAGUGGGAUCGGUGCUACAUCAACGAGGCCGACUGCUUGACCCCCAAGGGCUUCUCCUUCAUGCGCAUGCAAAUAGCUGAGGGCGUCGAGGUCGACCUCUACAAUCUGCACGCCGAUGCCGGUUCCGCACAAGGUGACAUCAGCGCCCGUCGCGCCGGCGUCGAGCAACUGCUCGCAUAUAUUUCAUCCAACUCCGCCGGGCGCCCCGUCAUCAUCGGUGGCGACACAAACGACCGCUGGACCAACUCCGGCCUGAGCAUCAACCUGCUCACCGACGCCGGCUUCGUAGACCCAUGGGUCGAGCUGAUCAAGGGCGGCAACACCCCAGUGCCUGGAAGCCCAGCCAACGGCUGCCCGAGAAUCGCGCCAAACAACGACUGUGAGGUCGUCGACAAGGUCUUCUAUCGUUCUGGAGACUCGAUUAGCUUGUCCGCGAUGAACUGGAACUAUGAGUCGACGUUCUUUGUGCAGCCGGAUGGCAGCGAACUGUCAGACCAUAACCCGAUUCUCGUCGAGUUUGCGUAUUCUAGUGCUUGA